AUGGAGGAUGAAAUUGCUCAACCAAUCCCAUUUUCGACACUUGCAAAGAAAGCUAGGAAGCGCAUGGAACUUGACCCCAAAAUGGUAGAAAUGUUCAAGAAAGUUGUGGUAACGAUUCCCCUCUUUGAUGUUAUCCAUCAAGUACCUAAAUAUGCAAAAUUCCUUAAAAAUUUAUGCAUGAAUAAGGAUAGAAUUCUUGAGUUAGAGACUAUUCCAUUGGGGAGUUCUAUUUCCGCUUUAAUGGGAGCAUUGCCCGAGAAGUGUGAUGAUCCGGGCCCAUGCAUGGUCACUUGCACCGUAAAUGGAGUUCAAUUUUUAGAUUGUAUGUGUGACCUUGGUGCAUGUGUUAGCAUUAUGCCCCUCUCCGUCUACAAGGAAUUGAAGCUACCACCAUUAAAGAGGUCGACGGCAAGAUUUGUUCUAGCGGACAAGAGCAUAAUAACCGUGACGGGUGUUGCGGAAGAUGUAUUGGUAAAUAUCAAAGGGUUGGUGUUUCCAAUUGAUUUUUAUGUUCUUGAGAUGCCAUCAAGCGAGUCCAAGAGGGCACCAUCCAUUCUACUUGGAAGACCAUUUUUGAGGACCUCUAGAUUCAAGCUAGAUGCAUACUCAGGAACAUACUCAUUUGAAAUAGAUGGGAGAGUCGUGAGUUUUAGCCUAGAAGAAGCAAUGAAACACCCACCGGAGAAUCAUUCUCUAUUCCGGUGUGACCCAAUUGACAACAUUAUUGCCGAAGUGCACCUUGCAAAGUUGGAUGAAAAGUACAUGAUUGAAGACACAAAUGAAGAUCCAAGUCAAGCAAGCACAUUACACCAUCCGGACCAUCCGAAAAUUCAAACUCCAAGUCAAGACCAAAAGAUAGAAUUAAAGCCACUACCACCCCACCUAAAGUACUCAUAUCUUGAUGAAGCCCACAAGCUCCCCGUAAUCAUUGCAAAGGAGCUAGAUCCUCAACAAGAAGAAAAGUUACUAUGUAUCUUGAGAAAGAACAAAAGGGCCAUAGGGUGGAGCUUGGCGGAUCUAGUGGGAAUAAGCCCCCAACGAAUGGGUGAGCCCGGUCCAAGUGGUCCCAAAGAAAUCCGGAGUGACUACCAUCAAGAACGAGAGCGGAGAACUUAUAGCGACAAGGGUGCAAAACUCUUGGAGGAUGGUUACUCAGGAUACUUCCAAAUACACAUUGCUCUAAAAGACCAAGAAAAAAUAACAUUUACUUGCCCCUUUGGAACUUAUGCCUACAAGCGUAUGCCAUUUGGCUUAUGCAACGCGCUGGCAACUUUCCAAAGAUGCAUGAUGAGCAUAUUUGCGGAUUUUUUAGAGCAAUGCAUGGAAGUUUUCAUGGAUGAUUUCAGCGUGUAUGGUGAGUCUUUUGAUCAUUGCUUGGAGAACCUUGAAAAAGUCCUGGAAAGAUGCACUAAAUCAAACCUUGUCUUAAAUUUCGAAAAAUGUCAUUUCAUGGUUAGACAAGGCAUUGUUUUAGGACAUAUUGUUUCCAAAGAAGGCAUCUCCGUAGAUCCAGCAAAAAUAAAUGUUAUAUCUAGCUUGCCUUACCCCUCCUCCGAGAGGAAAGUCCGUUCAUUCCUUGGACAUGCAGGAUUCUACCGGAGAUUUAUCAAGGACUUUAUCAAGAUAGAAUUGCCUCUCUCUCGACUAUUGCAAAAGGACAUUGAAUUUGAUCUAAGUAAAGAAUGCAUGGAAGCCUACGACAAGCUUAAAGUGGCAUUGACACAAGCUCCUAUCGUAAGAGGGCCGGAUUGGAAUCGACCAUUUGAAAUAAUGUGCGAUGCUUCAAACCAUGCGGUGGGAGCCGCGUUAGCACAACGCAAGGGUAAGAACCCUUAUGUCAUUGCAUAUGUAUCAAAAACACUAGAUGGAGCCCAAUCCAAUUACACUACUACCGAAAAGGAACUUUUGGCUAUUGUUUUUGCCUUGGAUAAAUUCCGAGCCUAUCUUCUUGGUUCCAAGGUAGUAGUGUUUUUGGAUCACGCGGCAUUGAAGUAUUUGUUGGCCAAAAAGGAAUCGAAACCUCGAUUGAUCCGAUGGGUACUAUUAUUGCAAGAAUUCGAUUUGGAAAUUAAGGAUAGAAGUGGUUCACAAAACUUACUGGCGGACCAUUUAAGUUGA